GUGGGAUACCUGAAAUAGGGUGGAGAGAUCUCUCAAGAGUCCAGCAGCUGCUCGCUUGGUUGACGUCACUCUACCCUUUACGUCAUCUCAACCACAACUCACCCAGAGAAUGCGGCUCCUCCAAAUUAUUUUCAUAUGCUAGACUCCGACGUGAGUGAGAGCAGGAGCAGAUACCACCAGCUUCUUCAAACGGUCUCAUGAAGUCAUCCAGUAUCAUCCGCGGUUUCUCUCCCUCCCAUAUCUCUUACUCCUACCAGUUACAUCCGCCACUCGCAGAUGACACUCUGCUUGCUGAAUGCACAGCUCACCCCGAAGUUCAUACGAUGAAAAGGAAAGAUCAAAUGUUUACUUCGAACGGAUCGUCUUGGAGUGAUGGAAGCUCGCUUGAUGAACAUAUAGCUGCUGUGAGCGAAGCGCGGUUACGCAAAUCCUUAUCCGAAAGCCUGAUUCUGUCACGUCCUUCUAGUGGAUCCGCAUCUUUCGAUGUUAAGGUGGAAUCAAGGAUGAUCAAACCGAGCAAAGAAGGCAUCUGCAAUGACAACGACGCUAUCGAGCCAGAUGAUGAAGAGGUCUUCGAAAGUUUAAUCGACAAUGAUGAUGACUCCUCUGACUGGGAAAACUCCAUCACCGAAAGUGGCCGAUCCAGUGUUGACGAGAAUAAGCUCUUCCAGUGCGCAGAUUCACGUUCGGGCAAUGUAUCACGGCAAUCGUUGCUCACAGCGAUGAUGCGUCAGUCUCCGCCGUUGACUGUCCACCCUCCUAAAGCAAUGAGCGCAGAAGGAUCUCGAUCGUCACCUGCACAUCAACGGUUGCAUACUCCACCAAAAGGUUCUUGAUAACUUCACAUGAUGACGACGACCUUGAAAAUACCUUGAAAAUGCACGGUCUCGGUAGUCCUUGUUCCAAACUGAUCGCUACGACGCGUUCCUCUUCUUUCCCAGUCGCCCUUUUACCUCGCACCACAUGGAAGAAUAUGCUAAAAAACCACUGCCAAUGCUGUUUUCAAACGACAAUAUAAAGAACAAGAAAAUUCCAAAGCUGGGCAAGGUGACAAGGCCACUUCUGGUCCGUCAACAGAAAAAGAGCAAUCCCACGAGAGCAACUCAUGGAACCGCUACUUCGAUCACGGAACGUGGGAAUCCCAUGCAAAGGAUGGUAGUACCAUGAUUAACCGCACUAUUAUUUAAUCAAGUUUAUUGUCCAUACCGAGCCCUAGAGCUAUGACAGACCAUUAUCCGUGGACUUGAG